AUGGAAAACGUCCUAGUCUCCCGCGGUAAUCAUCAUGACGCCCAUGACUGUCUGACGGGCAGUGAGAAGCCGCCGCCGCUAGAUCUCAGUCACCAUUUCUCUGAAGUGACGAAGCGACGUACUGCCAGCAAGAUCAAGCAAGCUUACAAGUUCUUCCAAAUCCCAGGCAUCUUGAAUGUCGCUGGCGGUCUUCCAAAUGUUUCUUUCUUCCCGUUUGAUACGCUUGAAGCGCAGGCGGCAAAGCCGGAACGAUGGACUCCAUCACCGAAUCAUCCCGGCGAAUCCGUGGCUGCCGCAGGCUCAUCAAAUCCUACGGCGGCUUCCCAUAUCGUCGUGCCCAAGAGUCUAGAUGAGAGAGACCCCCUGAAGAAGAUUGAUCUUGCUUCAGUUCUCCAGUACGGCCUUGCCCAGGGUUAUCCCCCGUUGUAUUCAUGGGUUCGCCAGCUCACCCGCGAGCACCUGCACCCAAACACCCCCUACCGUGACGGCCCCGAGGUGAUCCUGACCUGCGGCUCAACCGACGGCUUCUCCAAGACGCUGAACCUGUUGGUGGAUCAGUGGACCGAGGGCGUCAACGACGUCACUGAACGUCCCGGCUUACUCUGUGAAGAAUUCCUCUACACCAAUGUUCUUGCUCAGUCUAUGCCUCUGGGCACGCAAAUUGUCACAGUCAAAUCUGACGAGUCCGGUAUGGCCGCCGGCGGCCCCGGUGGAUUGGAAGAUGUGCUGGCAAACUGGGACCCUUCAAAGGGGAAGAGGCCGCACCUCAUGUACACCGUCACAUUGGGCCACAACCCCACCGGCAUCGUGCUGUCGGUCGAACGCAAAAAGGAAAUAUACGCUGUCUGCAGCAAAUACGAUGUGAUUAUUAUCGAAGACGAACCAUACUGGUAUCUCCAAUUCCCCUCGGCCGCGGUUGAAGAAGCCAAGUCCAGGGGCAAGCCAGUCCCAAGCCCGCCGGUUCAGUCACACCAUAAGCCUAACCGCUCCUCUGGCUACCCAUUCCUUGACAGCCUGACACCCUCCUUCAUCGACCUCGAUGUCGACGGCCGAGUCAUCCGUCUAGACACAUUUUCCAAGACGGUCGCGCCUGGCUGCCGCCUAGGCUGGAUUACCGCCCAGCCAACCUUCAUUGAACGAUUCGAGCGCAUCACCGAGGCAACGACGCAGCAACCCUCGGGCUUUGUACAGGGCCUCAUCUCAGAACUCGUGCUGGGACCCCAGCACCAGCCGGAAUCAUCAAGAUCUGCCUUUAGCCUUCUUCGCAGUUCGCGCGAGAAGGCAACUUUCACCGGCUGGAACAUGGAUGGCUGGGUCCGGUGGCUCGAGGGCCUCCGGGGAAUGUACGAACGCCGGAUGGUGCGCAUGUGCCGCAUCCUUGACUCGGGCGCCCGCCUCAUUUCCGUUAGCAGCAGCAGCAGCGGCAGCCGCCCCUCCUCCUCCUCCACCUCGACAGACGAACAAGACACCCCACUAACCGUCUCCCUCUCCCCAACCCCUCUCUACACCUUCUCGUGGCCGCGCGGGGGCAUGUUCAUCUGGCUGCGGAUGCACCUCGAGUCGCACCCGCUUUGGGGGACGCCCAGCCCGAAGCUCGGCGGCAAGCCGCUCGACGGCCUGCCGCUGUCGACAGCGCUCAUGGUGUUUUUGACCACCAAGCCGUUCCGCGUGCUGGCGGGCAACGGCGCCAUGUUCAGCGCCAACGACGAGGUCAGGCAGCGCAUGGGCUGGGCCUACUUCCGCGUCUGCUUCGCCGCCGAGACCGAAGAUAACGUCGACGUCGCGGCGUCGCGGUUUGUGGAUGGCGUGCAUGCUUAUUGGAGGGUGCGGGACGUGGCUGUCAUUGAGAAGCUUUUGGAGAGUCUGGAAGAUCCGGGGAAAAGUGGGCUCGAGGAGGGGGAGGAGGAGGUUCAAAGGGAGGAUGCGGAGGAGCAUGGCUUGUUCAGGUUGGCGUCGUAUAUGGGUUGCUAA